GUACACACAGAUGAACACCACCAUGACGCAAGUACACACACAGAUGGACACCACCCUGCUAUUGGUACACACAUACGAACACCUCCAUGACACGGGUACACACAGAUGAACACCACCAAAUCAUAAGUACACACAAAUGAACAUCACCAAGUCAUAAUUUCAUAAGUACACACAGAUGAACACCACCAUAUCAUAGGUACACACAGAUAAACACCACCGUAUCACUGGUACAUACAGAUGAACACCGCCAUGUGUCAUGGUUGUACACAAGUUUGCACUGCUAAGGCAUGGACGCAUGUAAUCCAAAACAGUCCAACAUACCCGAAUAUUGUAUUUUUAAAAAUAUGUUUGGGGUAAAAUUAGAAUGAUUCAUAUCAAGAAAUCUCACCAAGAAAGCGUUUUCCGUUUAUUACGGUGACAAAAUAAUCUGUACGUAAGAUAUUUGCAUAAAAGCGGCCCACGCAAAUAUCAGGAAAAUAACUGCAAUCGAGGUGGACUAUCACAGCCAGGCGCAGCACAGCCAGCAGGUCACCGUGACUUCCUCCACAGUCAAGCUCUCACACACAAGCAACGAGUGUCGCGUCAGUUGAUAACAGCUUGCGUCGUCUACAAAAGAAGGACGUUGGAAAACCCAGUCAAAGUAUAACGCUGACGUGGCCACUGAAUAUAAUUUAAUUCUACACUGUAAAGAUGGACAGCAGUAAUAAAUACAGACACUUCCUGGACGACGAGCUGGUCUGUAUACCUCGUGCGCUGGUCAAUUGGCGAGUAAAUAUACAUGCUCAUCUAGCACGAGCACCGCGCGAGCCACAACCUCUUACUCUAGAGGCGCUUACCAGAAUCAGAACCACCAGUCCUGGCAAGCACAUGUGUCACAUCCAGAUGUGGAACUUCGAGAAACGCCUGAAGACCCUAAAGGACAUAGCAUCAUCACUGCUACAGGGGGUCUCGGAGAUCCAGCUUAAGGAUAUGGCAAAUGCCGGAUUCUUUUACUCAGGCCAGGGGAACACACUUAUAUGCGCCCAUUGUGGUAACAUUCUUCAUGACUGGGUUGAGGGUGACUGUCCCUGGAAGCGCCACGCCGAACUCAACUCCAAGUGUCCUUUACUGACAAGAGGUUGCAGUUUGGACAAAGCAGGGGAAGUGACGUCCCUGCGAAAACGACACAGUUCUGGCAGUGCAGGCUGACCAAGUAACGCCAAACAUUCCGGAUGACAUCCUUAUCUACUUAUGUAUGCUUCAGCUGCCUUUAGUAGUUUUAUGUUAAUAUAUGCUACGUUGCUUCCUAAUACGUGUACAAAAGCAUGACGUUUAGGGAAUGUAAAUAUUACGUAAUUGACAAAGUGAAAUUUACAUACCGAGCACGAGACAUGAACCCUGAACAUAGGGAUACAGCUGCUGAAGCAAAAGUAUAAAGCAAAUUUUAAAGCUAUGAAGCUUGGAAAUUUAAGGGAAGCUAAAAAAAAGUAUGCUCUGUUGAGUGAGUGAGUGAGUGAGUUUGGUUUGACGCCGCUUUUAGCAAUAUUCUAGCAACAUCACGGCGGGGGAUAACAGAAAUCGGCUUCACACAAUGCUCUGUUGAUAUGUGUGAAAAAUAGAAUAUACUCUUUAGGCAGAGAAUGCUAUAUUGAUAUGCCAGACGCAGAUAAUAUGCUCUGGUAUGUAUGUCAGACAGGGGGAGUAUGCUCUGUUGAAUUAUUAAGCACAAACAAUAUGCUCUGUUGAUUCGGCAAAUACAGAUGGUAUAUAUGCUUUGUUGAUUCAGCAGACACAGAAACUAUGUUCUAGUGGUUCGUCAGACACAGAAGCUGUGUUCUGUUGAUUAGUCAGACUCAGAAGAUACGUUCUUUUAAUCCGUCAGACACAGAGGCUAUGUUCCGUAGAUUCUUCAGACACAGAAGGUAUGCUCUGUUGGUUCGUCAGACACAGAAGGUAUGUUCUAUUGGUUCGUCAGAACACAAAAGCUAUGUUCUAGCUUCGUCAGGCACAAAAGCUAUGUUCAGUAGAUUCGUCAGACACAGAAGAUAUGCUCUGUUGAUUCGUCAGACACAGAAGAUAUGCUCUGUAGAUACGUCAGACACAUAAGGUAUGUUCUAUUGAUUCGUCAGACAAAAAAGCUGUUCAGCUAUUGAUUCGUCAGGCAAAAAAGCUGUCUUAUCUUGAUUCGUCAGAAAGAGAAGGUAUGUUCUGUUGAUUCGUCAGUCACAGAAGGUAUGCACUGUUGAUUCGUCAGUCAUAGAAGCUGUGUUCUGUUGAUUCGUCAGACACAGACGGUGUGUUCUGUUGAUUCGUCAGACACAAAAGCUAUAUUAUAUUGGUUCGUCAGACACAGAAUGUAUGUUCUGUUAAUUCGUCAGUCACAGAAGUUAUGUCCUGUAGAUUCCCCAGACACAGAAGCUAUGUUCUGUUGAUUCUUCAGACACAGAAGGUAUGCACUGUUGAUUCGUGAGUCACAGAAGCUGUGUUCUGUUGAUUCGUCAGACACAGAAGCUAUGUUCUGUAGGUUCUACAGGCACAGAAUGUGUGUUCUGUUGAUUCGUCAUACUCAGAAGCCAUGUUCUGUAGAUUUUUCAGACAUAGCAUGGAUGUUCUGUUGAUUCGUCAGACACAUAAGGUAUGUUCUGUUGGUUCGUAAGAAGCCAUGUUCUGUAGAUUUGUCAGUCACAUACGUUAUGUUCUAUUGGCUCAUCAGACACAGAAGCUAUGCUCUCUUAAUUCGUCAGACUCAGAAGGUAUGUUCUAUUGGUUCGUCAGACACAGAAUCUAUUUUCUAUUGAUUCUUCGGACACAGAUGCUAUGUUCUGUAGUUUUGUCAGACACAGAAGGUAUGCUCUGUUGAUCCUCCGGGCACAUAGGCUUUGUUCUGUUGAUUCGUCAGACACAGUGCAUAUGUUCUGUUAAUUAUUCAGACACAGAAGGUAUGUUGUUGUGCUUCGUCCGACACAGAAGGUUUGUUCUAUCGUUUCGUCAGACACAGGCGAUACUAUCUCUUGAGUCGUCAGACACAGAAAGUGCCCUCCGUUGAUUCGUCAGACUCAGAAGCUAUGUUCUGUAGAUUCGUCAGACACAGAAGGCCAGGUUGAUUCGUCACAGAAGGUAUGCUCGAUGUGUUGUUCGUUUGUCAGACACAGAAGGUAUGUUUUGUUGAUUUGUCAGACGCAGAAGUUAUGUUCUAUUGCUUUGUCAGACACAGAAGUUAUGUUCUAUAGUUUUUUAGAUACAGUAGAUAUGUUCUGUUGGUUCGUGAGACGCAAAUUAUGAAAUCAGAAGUUAUGCUAUGCUGAUAUGUCAGACACAGGGAAUGUACUCUGUUGAUGUGUCAGACAGAAAGUAUGCUAUGCUGAUUGUUGGAUACAGGGAAUAUGCUCUGUUGAUAUGUCAGACAGAAAGUAUGCUAUGCUGAUAUGUCAGAUACAGGGGAUAUGCCCUGUUGGUAUCUCAGACACAAGGAAUGUGCUCCGUUAAUGUUUCAGACACAGAAAGUAUGCUAUACUGAUAUGUCAGGCACAAGGAAUAUGCCUUGUUGAUAUGUCAGACACUGGGAAUAUGCCUUGUUGAUAUGUCAGACACUGGGAAUAUGCUCCGUUGAUAUGUCAGACACCGGGAAUAUGCCUUGUUGAUAUGUCAGACACUGGGAAUAUGCUCUGUUGAUAUGUCAGACACUGGGAAUAUGCCUUGUUGAUAUGUCAGACACUGGGAAUAUGCUCUGUUGAUAUGUCAGACACUGGGAAUAUGCCUUGUUGAUAUGUCAGACACUGGAAAUAUGCUCUGUUGAUAUGUCAGACACUCGGAAUAUGCUCUGUUGAUAUGUCAGACAGAAUUUAUGCUAUGCUGAUACGUCAGGCACAGGGAAUAUGCCUUGUUGAUAUGUCAGACACUGGGAAUAUGCCUUGUUGAUAUGUCAGACACCGGGAAUAUGCUCUGUUGAUAUGUCAGACACUGGGAAUAUGCUCUGUUGAUAUGUCAGACAGAAUUUAUGCUAUGCUGAUAUGUCAGGCACAGGAAAUAUGCUCUGUUGACAUGUCAGACAGAAAGUAUGCUUCAGACACAGAAAGUGUGUUCUGUUCAUAUGUAAGACACAGAGAGAUAUGACAGAUAAAACCAGUAUGCCCUGAUUAUUAAUGUGUCAUCUACAGAUAUUUUAGAUAAAGAAAGUAUGCUUUGUUGCUAUGUGGGAAUCUGAUGUUAUGCUCGUUGACAGGUAAAUAAUUUCUCUGCUGUUAUGUCAUAUGUCACAUACAGUGUAUGCUCUGUUGAUAUGUCAGUCUCAGAAAGUAUGCUCUCUUAAAGUUGACACCCUAUUCUUAGGCUCGCAGUACUAUCUUGGACAUGUAUUAUGUAGCUCUAGCAAAUAAACUCUGCACUUUC